CAAUAUUUAUUAUUUUUCUCUUUAUUUAUCUGUUUUUUUUUGUUCUCCUCUCUAUGCAUUUGCUUAUUUAAAAACCUACCAUUGGCUGUCUUCGUUGUCCUAAGAUCUCACACAUUGCCAUCUUCUCUGCUUUCUUUCAGACUCUGUUUCUCUCUAUACUCUCUUCAGAUAAACCAGAAGAAGCUAAGGGAAAAAAUGGCUAACCAACAAAAUGUAGUGGUUCUUGAUGUGAUAUCGCGUGGAGUUAGGAAUGUGUUGCCUCCAUCAUCUCUUCCAGUGCCCAAGUCCUUUUCACCUCAAGACCUUAAGAUGCUACUGAUGAAGAAGUUGGAAACUGAAAAAGGAGGGGCUAAAAUCAAUGCCUGGUUGGAUUCCAUGAGAGCUUCUUCUCCAACUCGUAUCAGGGCUUCUUCCUUACCAGAAACCGACGACCGAAGCUCCUGGAUUGUUCAUCAUCCCUCGGCUUUGAGCAUGUUUGAGCAAAUAGUAGCUGCAUCAAGAGGGAAACAGAUUGUCAUGUUUCUUGAUUAUGACGGCACAUUGUCUCCUAUUGUCGAAGACCCGGAUCGAGCUUUCAUGCCUAAAGAGAUGAGAGCAACCGUAAGAGAUGUGGCGAGAUAUUUUCCGACAGCAAUCGUGACCGGAAGGUGCAGAGACAAGGUUUACAGCUUUGUGAAAUUAGCUGGACUUUAUUAUGCUGGUAGCCAUGGUAUGGACAUCAAGGGACCAUCUAAAAGUUGCAAAUACAAGAAAGGUAAUGAGGGAGUUCUUUUCCAGGCUGCCAGUGAAUUCUUGCCCAUGAUUGAUGAGGUUUACAGAGUUUUGGUAGAGAAAACAAAAUCCAUUCUAGGAACCAAAGUGGAAAACAACAAGUUUUGUGUCUCCGUACACUUUCGCUGCGUCGAUGAAAAGAGUUGGGUUUCCCUAGCCGAACAAGUUAGAUUGGUGCUCAAUGACUACCCUCAGCUUAAACUAACUCAAGGCAGGAAGGUAUUAGAGAUCCGACCCACCAUCAAAUGGGACAAAGGAAAAGCCCUUGAAUUUUUAUUGGAGGCUCUAGGUUAUGCCAAUUCAAAUGAUGUUUUACCGGUCUACAUUGGCGAUGAUCAAACCGAUGAAGAUGCCUUCAAGGUUUUACGCGAAAGAAGGCAAGGGUUUGGUAUUCUUGUUUCCAAAUUACCCAAAGAAACAAAUGCUUCAUAUACUCUCCAAGAACCUUCUGAGGUUAAUGAGUUUUUGAGGCGUUUGGUGGACUGGAAAAAGUUGUCACCCAGAGCUGCUAAAUGUGCUUAGUUUUACGCAUUAUGUGGAGGGUGGAAGCAAUUAAUUAAUAAUGUAUUUUCUCGGUCUAUAGAGAGAGCUCCCAAUUGUAAUUAGCUAACUACCAUCAUGUUCAAGAGGCUGUAAUUGAA